GAGUAUUGGACUAUAGGAGGUAAACUCUAGUAACAUUAAGCCGACUGCUUGAGAGCGGGUUGUAAACGACGGACUUGGGGGAAUGUAGGAUUAGCGGCAGUUGGAUGCCAACAGUCGCCACGAGAGGAUACAUUACCGUGAUAUACGAAUACAAAUAAAGAGAACUCUACAAUUGGCGCAGCCGGUAGGAUCGACGAUGGACAAUAAGCAGAACUUUCCGUUGGAACCGUUCAACGACGCUGUUGACACAUCAGGACUACGUAGAGAAUGGGAGGAAUGGCACCGGGCAUGCGAGAUCGUAAUAGAGUUGAAGCGGUUGGAAUCACAGCACGAGAAGCUUCUUUUCAUGCUUGCAAAGGGCGGUAGAGGCUUACAACGGAUUUACCACCAUCUUGCGCCGGUAACGGGGGAAAUACACCCGGAGCCUCCUAAAGUACCAAUGGCUCCCCAAGAGACUCCUGAGUACGACAACGCCGUCAAACGCCUCAACGCAUUCUUUGUAGGGAAGCGAAAUGAGCGGGUGGAGUUGGAGAUUUUCCGAUCGCUAUCCCAAAAACACGGGGAAACCUUCAAUCGUUAUAUGUUGAGAUUACGUACGCAGGCUGCUUGUUGCGACUUUAAGAUCGUGAAGAAAAAGAAAUCUUACAUCAAAUAACGGUAGGGGCAAGCGAUGAAAGGGUACGCGACAAAGGUAUCGAAGGCACAAUGGACCUUGACAGUCUGAUCAACUAUGCCAUGAAUCGAGAGGUGAUACUAAAGCAAAAAGAGAAAGCACACCCAAUGCGACAAGAAGAUGCAGUAGUGGCAUGGAUCAAUCGGAACACGAACAAGAAGACGACAUCACAAAGAAAUUAUUCCUCGCAAAAGGUUAACCGUACAUCUCAAGAAU